GGCGGCAGUGCGAGGCACAAUUUGACAGCGGCACUGUCUCUGCAAAGAAAGCUUACUUUUCGGUCUUUUCGUUAUCGCUCUCUUUGUCUCCGGCUACAGAUAGGGAGAGAGAGAACGGUUCAUUUGGGGGCCUCACUGGAAUAAGAAAGCAUUGCUGUUUCUGGCAAGGCAGAAGAAAGAUGAGAUUCCUCUGGAUACCCAAAGAAUAGUGAUCUUGAUCUGGACACCUUACUGAUGUGACCACAUAUCCGAACGGGAUUCCAGGGGAAUUUCACUCUUUCAUUCGUCCUGUCUGAGGCAGUCCUGCUGGCAGCUUCCUUAUAUGGGUGGGGCUUUGAACACAAACGUCUGACUGGGUACUGGCACACGCAUCUGCUCCAGGGCACGCUUUGGCUUUGGUUCUCUCUCCUGAGAUGGGCACCACAGGAUGAGCCCUGCAGGAAGCUAUUGAAUCCUUGGGGACGUUUCUGGGGUUCAUAAAGGCAGUGAGAGUGCCCUGUAUCUGAGAGAUCAGACCAGAUUUGCUCAAAGUGGCCCGUGACGCUCAGCCUGCCGGAGGAUGCUGGUGCCAAGCCUUCCCAUCAUGCACUUUGCCAGGCUGCUGCUGCUCACCCUGGGCCUGCUGGGCCUCAGCGCUGCUGAGACGCCGCCAAAGUUUCUGAGAACUCCCAACGACCAGACGGGCGUGCAGGGAGGCGUGGCCUCGUUCAUCUGCCAGGCGACGGGCGACCCGCGGCCCAAGAUCGUGUGGAACAAGAAGGGGAAGAAAGUCAGCAACCAGCGCUUUGAGGUGAUAGAGUUUGACGACGGCUCUGGCUCGGUGCUGAGAAUUCAGCCGCUGCGCACGCCGCGCGACGAAGCCGUGUACGAGUGCGUGGCCUCCAACAGUGCUGGAGAGACCAGCUCCUCCACCAGACUCACUGUCCUACGUGAGGACCAGCUGCCUCCCGGUUUCCCCACCAUAGACAUGGGCCCGCAGCUGAAGGUGGUGGAGCGAACGCGCACCGCCACCAUGCUCUGCGCGGCCAGCGGGAACCCCGACCCGGACAUCUCCUGGUUCAAGGACUUCCUGCCCGUUAACACCACCCACAAUAACGGGCGCAUCAAACAGCUACGAUCAGAAUCCUUUGGUGGUACACCAAUAAGAGGUGCCCUACAGAUCGAACAGAGUGAAGAGUCCGAUCAGGGGAAGUACGAGUGCGUCGCCACCAACAACGACGGCACUCGAUAUUCCGCCCCCGCCAACCUUUACGUCAGAGAGCUUCGAGAAGUCCGGCGGGUGCCCCCGAGGUUCUCCAUUCCUCCGACGGACAGCGAGAUCAUGCCGGGCGGCAGCGUGAACAUCACGUGCGUGGCGGUGGGCUCGCCCAUGCCCUACGUCAAGUGGAUGCUGGGAGCCGAGGACCUGACCCCCGAGGACGACAUGCCCAUCGGGCGGAACGUUCUGGAGCUCACCGACGUGCGCCAGUCCGCCAACUACACCUGCGUCGCCAUGUCGACGCUGGGCGUCAUCGAGGCCGUGGCUCAGAUCACGGUCAAAGCUCUGCCCAAGGCUCCCGGGGUCCCCGUGGUAACGGAGAGAACCGCCACCAGCAUCACGCUGACGUGGGACUCCGGGAACCCGGAGCCCGUCUCCUACUACAUCAUCCAGCACCGGUCCAAGGCCUCCGAGGACACGUACAAGGAGAUCGACGGCGUGGCCACCACGCGCUACAGCGUGGGCGGCCUCAGCCCGUACUCGGACUACGAGUUCCGCGUGCUGGCGGUCAACAACAUCGGCCGGGGCCCGGUCAGCGAGGGCAUCGAGGCCAAGACGGCCGAGCAGGCGCCCAGCACGGCCCCCCGGCAGGUCAGGGGCCGCAUGCUCAGCAGCACCACCGCCAUCACGCACUGGGACGAGCCCGAGGAGGCCAACGGCCAGAUCAUGGGCUACCGGGUCUACUACACCACCGAGCCCAACCAGCACGUCAACCUGUGGCACAAGCACAUGGUGAGAGGGGCCAACUUCCUCACCAUCCAGGGCCUCAUCCCCAACAAGACCUACUUCAUCAAGGUCCUCGCCUUCACCUCCGUGGGAGACGGGCCCCUGUCCCCGGACCUGCAGAUCAUCGCCAAGACGGGAGUUCCAUCCCAGCCAACCGACUUCAAAGGGGAAGCAAAAUCAGAAACAAGCAUUCUGUUGUCAUGGGUACCGCCUCCACAGAACGGUCAAGACAAUCAGAUUACUGGAUAUGAACUAGUGUACAGGAAAGGAGAGGAGAAGGAGGAGAAGCGGAUCAGCUUUGAGCCUACGACCACCUACCUCCUGAAAGACCUGAAGCCCUUCACCACCUACGCCUUCAUGCUGGCUGCCCGUAGCAAGCACGGCGUGGGAGCCUACACCAACGAGAUCUCCGCCGAGACGCCCCAGACACAGCCCUCAGCACCGCCCCAGGAUGUCAAAUGCUCUAGCCCUAGUUCCACCAGCAUUCUGGUAAGUUGGCUGCCCCCGCCAGUGGAAUUACAGAACGGGAUUAUCACCAAGUACUCCGUCCAGUACUCCGCCACCGAGGGGGGGAACUCGUCCUCCCUCCAAACCGUGGACGUCCCUCCCGAAAGCUCCCAGCGACUGCUGGAGGACCUGGAGAAGUGGACCGAGUACAGCUUGGCAGUGAGCGCCCACACGGAGGCGGGCCCAGGCCCCGCCAGCCUUCCCCUGCUCAUCCGCACUGAGGAGGACGUUCCCAGUGGGCCCCCUCGUAAAGUUGAGGUGGAGGCCGUCAACUCCACGUCAGUUAAAGUCACGUGGCGCUCGCCGCCCCCUUACAAGCAGCACGGACAGAUCAGGGGGUACCAGGUGCAUUACGUCCGCAUGAUCAACGGGGAGCCCACGGGCCAGCCCGUCAUCAAGGACAUCCUGAUCGACGACGAGCAGUGGGAGUAUGAUGAUUCAGCUGAACAUGAGCUGCUUAUUUCUGGCCUCCAGGCCGAUACCACCUAUUCCGUGGCUGUCGGGGCGUACACCACUAAAGGAGACGGUGCGCGGAGCAAACCCAAACUCAUCUCCACCACCGCCGCCGUGCCUGAAAAGCCCACCCUCAUGUUCAGCUCCACCAACAUGGGAACGUCCCACAUCCAGUGGUACCCCCCCACCAACACCUUCGGCCCCCUGCUGGGCUACCGUCUGACUUUCGGCCGCACAGACGCGGAGCCCCCCACCGUGCUGGAGUUCCCUCCGGGCGAGACGCACUUCACCACCCGGGACAUCCACCGGGGGGCGCUGUACGUGCUGCGUCUGUCCGCCCGCAACCGGGCCGGCUUCGGAGAGGAGGCGGUGAAGGAGAUCUCCACCCCGGAGGAGGCGCCCAGCGGGUACCCCCGAAACGUGGCGGCCGAGGCCCCCGCCCCCACCUCCGCGCGGGUCUCCUGGGAGCCCCCGGCUCUCUCCGAGCGGAACGGCGCCAUCGUGAAAUACGCCCUGCAGUACGAGGACGCGGACGCCCCCGGGGGGCCCUCCGAACUCCUCAUCUCCUCCCCCGAGUCCUCCGCCACCCUGCACAGCCUUAAACCCGACACCGCUUACCAUGUUAAAAUGUGCGCGUUUACCAGCAAGGGCCCGGGCCCCUAUAGCCCCGCGGUUCGGUUCAGGACACAACCGCUGGAUCAAGCAGUGUUUGCAAAAAAUUUCCGCGUGAAAGCAGCAAUGAAGACCUCGGUUCUUCUCACGUGGGAGACCCGUGAAAACUAUAACCCAUCCCAGCCUUUCACGAUACUCUAUGACAACGGGCAGAGCGUAGAGGUGGAUGGGAAGCUGACGCAGAAGCUGAUAGUGAACCUGCAGCCCGAGACGCAGUACUCCUUCCUGCUGACCAACCGCGGGAACAGCGCCGGCGGCCUCCAGCACCGCGUGAGCACCAUGACGGCCCCGGACAUCCUGCGCACCAAGCCCUACCUGAUCAGCAAGACCAAGUCCGACGGCAUGGUCACCGUGGAGCUCCCCGUCGUCAAGACCACAGAGAAAGUCAAGGGGUACUACGUGGUGGUGGUGCCUUUGAAGAAACGCGCCGGAAAGUUCUCGAAGCCCUGGGACAGCCCGGAUGAGAUGAACUUGGAGGAGCUGUUGAAAGAGAUCAACAGAACCAGCAGAGCUCUUCGAUUGCGGAGGCAGGCGGAGCCCAAAGCUUACAUCACAGCCUACUUCAAAGACCUCCCGGGCGAGUUCACCCUGGGGGAUGGGCAGGUCUACGGGGACUUCCAGAACAGGCCGCUCCAAAACGGACAGGAGUAUGUCUUCUUCGUUUUGGCCGUCCUGGAGAUCUCUGAAAACACCAUGUACGCCACCAGCCCCUACUCUGACCCCGUCGUGUCCGUCGACAUCGACCCGCAGCCAAUCGUGGACGAGGAGGAGGGGCUUAUGUGGGUGGUGGGGCCAGUGCUUGCUGUGAUCUUCAUCAUUUGCAUAGUCAUCGCCAUCCUCCUGUUCAAGAGGAAAAGAGCAGAGUCUGAAGCCAGAAAGGGAAGCCUUCCCAACAACAAGGAACAGCUAUCCCAUCAUCCCAAUGACCCCGUGGAGCUUCGCCGGCUCAACUUCCAGACCCCCGGUUCAGGUGUGUCCGGUUACCCCAGUAACCUCCAUAUGCCAAGUAUGGUCAGCCACCCGCCAAUCCCCAUCGCAGAGCUCGCGGACCAUCUGGAGCGGUUGAAAGCGAACGACAACUUGAAGUUUUCUCAAGAGUAUGAGUCCAUUGAUCCUGGACAGCAGUUUACGUGGGAGAACUCCAACUUGGAAGUGAACAAGCCAAAGAACAGAUACGCCAACGUCAUCGCCUACGACCACUCCCGAGUACUGCUGUCUGCCAUCGAAGGCGUUCCAGGCAGCGACUACAUCAACGCUAACUACAUCGACGGCUACAGGAAGCAGAACGCCUACAUCGCCACCCAGGGCUCGCUCCCCGAGACCUUCGGCGACUUCUGGAGGAUGAUCUGGGAGCAGCACACGGCCAACAUCGUCAUGAUGACCAAGCUGGAGGAACGAUCAAGGGUUAAAUGUGACCAGUAUUGGCCCACCAGAGGGACGGAGACGUACGGUUUGAUCCAGGUCUCGCUGCUCGACACCGUGGAGCUAGCAACGUACUGCGUGAGGACGUUCGCUCUCUACAAGAACGGGUCGAGCGAGAAGAGGGAGGUGCGGCAGUUCCAGUUCACGGCCUGGCCGGACCACGGCGUCCCGGAGCACCCCACCCCGUUCCUGGCCUUCCUGCGGCGGGUGAAGGCCUGUAACCCCCCGGAUGCCGGGCCCAUGGUUGUGCACUGCAGCGCUGGCGUUGGCAGGACCGGGUGCUUCAUCGUCAUCGACGCCAUGCUGGAGCGCAUCAAGCACGAGAAGACGGUGGACAUCUACGGCCACGUGACGCUGAUGCGGGCCCAGAGGAACUACAUGGUGCAGACGGAGGACCAGUACACCUUCAUCCACGACGCGCUGCUGGAGGCUGUGACCUGCGGGAACACCGAGGUGCCCGCCCGCAACCUCUACGCCUACAUACAGAAGCUCACGCACGCCGAGCACGGAGAGAACGUCUCCGGGAUGGAGCUGGAGUUCAAGCGCCUGGCCAACACAAAGGCCCACACGUCCCGGUUCAUCAGUGCCAACCUCCCCUGCAACAAGUUCAAGAACCGCCUUGUAAAUAUAAUGCCAUACGAGUCCACCAGAGUGUGUCUGCAGCCAAUCAGAGGAGUGGAAGGCUCCGACUACAUCAAUGCCAGUUUCAUCGACGGCUAUAGACAACAAAAGGCCUACAUCUCCACGCAGGGUCCGUUAGCGGAGACUACGGAGGACUUCUGGAGGAUGCUGUGGGAGCAUAACUCCACCAUUGUGGUGAUGCUCACCAAACUCAGAGAGAUGGGAAGGGAAAAAUGUCACCAGUACUGGCCGGCGGAGCGGUCCGCCCGGUACCAGUACUUUGUGGUGGACCCGAUGGCGGAGUACAACAUGCCCCAGUACAUUCUGAGGGAGUUCAAAGUGACGGACGCCAGGGACGGACAGUCGAGAACGGUGAGGCAGUUUCAGUUCACGGACUGGCCAGAACAAGGAGUGCCCAAGUCCGGUGAAGGGUUCAUCGACUUCAUCGGACAAGUGCACAAAACGAAAGAGCAGUUUGGCCAGGACGGACCCAUCUCGGUGCACUGUAGUGCGGGGGUGGGGCGGACUGGCGUCUUCAUCACCCUCAGCAUCGUGCUGGAGAGAAUGAGGUACGAGGGUGUGGUGGACAUCUUCCAGACCGUCAAGAUGUUGAGGACACAGAGGCCAGCGAUGGUGCAGACAGAGGAUCAGUACCAGUUUUGCUACAGGGCCGGACUGGAAUACCUGGGAAGUUUCGAUCACUAUGCAACAUAAUAUUUCUGUCCUUAGAGGGGAGACAGCAGGCCCAUCAAACCACAGAGCCUCUUCUGAGCCAUACUUACCUGCUUGAGAAAUACUUCUUAAUGUCAAGCUAUAAACAAGAUAUGUGUCGGAUGUGAAACACAAAAAAAAAACAAACAAAAAAAAAAUAAUGAAAUAUUCCAGGUUGACCCAAGUCUUGACUCCAAUGGAUAAACAACCCUGACUUUAAUUGAGGAAUCCUGACUGGCAAGGCAUCCCAAGGAAUUCUUUUUAUUUUUUAUUUUUUGGGCUGCCUCCUGGAUUCACCUGGUUUUCAAAUGGAAAGGAAGGUUUGACCACACGGACAGCCCUGGCCACGGCUGCGGCCCCGAGGGCCACAGACUCAGCACUCAUUGUAAAGCGAAUCUGACCCUUACGCAUCAAGUACACCGCGUUUUUGUUUUUCCAUUUUAAAGAACCAGGUUUGGGAAGUGUUGACAAAAGUGAACUUCACGGAAGUAACCUCCCCCCCCCCCCCCAUCCCCCAUGGUUCAUUAACAGUUAGGGAAAAAAUAGCAAACGUUUAACAACCAUGAAAAGUAAAAGUUACUGAUUUAGUUUUUUAGUACUUUAUUAUACAGCUAACCUGUGCUUCAUUUUUAACCAUGUAAACGUAUUUCCUUUUUUUAACAAACUUUUAUCAUUUGAUGAGGUGACUUAAGCAAAACAUUUGAUGAAUUUUUGUUUUAUUUUGUUCUGACGAGGUUUUUUUAAGCUGUAGAACUGUUCUAAUACAUGUACCAUCAAGCAGAGGAAAUCUACACUUUCCAUGUAGCUCUUCUCCAUGUUUUCUUUUCAUGUUUUUUUUUUUGAACAUUUUUUUUUUUUGUACAGUCCUCUAUGUUCAAUACCAAAUUGAAACUUUGUUACAGGGUUAUUGUUCACUUUAUUUUUGUCUUUUUUGAAAAACACAUUAUGAAUGCCCAUAACGACUAUGAGAUUAAAUUGGGCUUUGUGGAAUCAACAGGGAUGAGCAAAGUAUAAAGCUGCUGCUAUGGUUAUCUUAGUUCUUCCAUGUUAAGACCACAUACAGUUUGCCAAAAUAACCUCUGGAAAGAAUUCCCCAUAGAAUAUAUAAAUAUAAUAUAUAUAUAUAAGUAUAUCUAUACAUAGAGAGACAAUUAUUUAUAUUUUCAAAAUAGCUUCCACAAAGAAAUUUCUGUAUUUUGGGGGAAAAUAAGAUCUGUCACUGGAAUGCACAUCGGUGGGACAAAAUUUAUUCUGACACAAAGCAUCAUUUCUUGUGCAAUAAAUAGGUGUACUAUAGGUAGUGUUGACGUGGUUGUUUGUCGUGAUUCACCGCACAGUUAUUAUGUGAGUAGUUGAGGGGACCGGUGUGACGGCUAAGCACGCCGGCGCGUUCUCGAAACGGUGAGCGGAUUGUGCAGGCGACUGCGUCUGCCCCCUCGAAAAGCCAAACUGGGUUCCGCUGUCCACCGCAGUAGGGCAAGACAGAGGGGUCGCCAUCCUAGGGGUCAGAUAUGUUCAACAGCAUAAAAUUGUUUUUGAUUUUACAUUUAGAGUGCCUUAUGAUGUAUGCCUGUUUUUUAUAUAACGUUCCUUUAAAGGUUUUAUGUAUUAUAUGUGUACAUUUAUUUUUACCUGAAGUAUUCAUUUUUUUAGUAUGUCAUUUGAAAUUAUAUAUGCAAAUAAUCCUGGCGCAGUGGUCCUGUGUUGAUUUUCUGUUUUCUCUGGGAAAUUGAAAGGCCAGUUGUCGACAGUGUCGUAGAAGCAACGCGCAAACGAGGCUUUGGGGGAAAUUGAUCUCUGUAAGUGUAUCCCCCUAACCAUAGUCAUAGUUUUGGGUUUUCACAUUUAAGCUUUUUAAUGUUUUAACGCUUUAGUAUUAACUAGCACUUUUAAAACUGCAGGCAUAGUUGAGAAAAUGAUACCACAGAAUGUUAUUUGUCACGUUGCCGCAGGUGUUGUGUGAGUGCAAAUAGGAACGUCAGUUAAAAGGCUAGAGCGAGUGGGUUCUUACAAAAGGGGUUGGCACCAGCGUAGAGAUAAAAACACACUUUGGCAGUUUGAAGACCAAACUAUGGCUGUAAAAGCACUUUCUCCUGCAUCUUUGAGCUGAAAGUUGCCAAAAAGACAACCGAGGUGCCCUGCAGUUGUUGAAAAGAAAGACAUCGUUCAAGUAUCUUUUGCACAAAGGCACGUACCAGUGAUUAGCAGCAGGUCUGUUCUCAACAACCCCACCUGACAAUCAAAAUGGCUCCCUCAGACAGUGCACCCGCAAUUCCUCCAGGCAGAUUCCUCUUCUUUUUUCCCCUCAUGUGGAUAGAGUGUAGAGCCUGAACUUCUCUGAUUCUACCCUGAGUCCUCUCUCGGGGGGCUUUGUGGAUGUGCAUUCCAGUACCCCAUCCCUUGUCCCUAACGACGCAAACAUCACAGCCACUCAAUCCACCUCAAGGGUGUUAUCUUUCUAAAACUCCUCUUACGUUCCUCUGUGUCAUACGUGUAGCCGGUAUGGUGCUAUUCUGUAGUGUCAUUCAUGUGUAGGUGUCAUGCGUCAUUCUUGUGCUCUAUCCUCUUCAGCAGACAGUCAUCGUUCCUCUUGAUUUGCCCUCCAUCUUGUUUUAUAUGCAUGUGUAAAAACAUCGCUGAUGGCCGACGGUGGCCACUUAGGAAGAAUUGCACUUUCUAUAUCUUUGUACUAUGCACUGCCCUAUUGAUUCUAAACCCAAUAAUGUUACUUGAACCCAUCUGUAAGAAUUUUAAUUCUCACUUUGCGUGUAUGUAAAUAACACAGAAAAGUAUGACUUUAAAAAGAGAAAAAAAAAGGGAAAAAAAAAAGUUGUGUGUGAAAAGCGAGCGUCUCUCGUGGUGACGCGAUGCUCGGGCGGAGGACAAGAUCCCGCCGCGCCCAUCCGUUCCUGUGGCUUUUCCUCCUUCCAGCUUGGAGUGUCAUCGCAAAACGCCGUCGUGUUCUCUGCUCUCUCACCAUCUCAUCCGGACGCAUCGACCGAAAGUAAUAAAUUGUAAAAAAAAAAAAAAUUAAAAUAAAUAAAUACAUUAAAAAAAAAAUAAAAGGCUUGUUAAAAGAAUCGAUUACCUCUGAUCAGUAGUUAACGUAAAUGUUUUUUUUUUGUUUCUUUUUUUCUUUUUUUUUCCCCCCCCAGAUUGAAAGGAGUGGUUUUUAUUUUCUUACUUAGGUUCCAUUGGUGGCGAGAGAAGUCUGUAUAAAAAUCAGUUCUUUGCUGACACAAGUUCCAUUUGUUACAAAUGAAUUCUAAUAAAAAAUGUCAGUGUUAUGCA